GGUGAGUAAAGCUUGGGCUAAUUUUUAAUUGAAAGUGAACUAAUCCUUUAAUCUGUCAGUAUAGCACUUCCAGUUAGAUGUAUGCAACUUACAGAAUAUAAAAAACAGGUUGAGAUAUGCAAUUCCCUCUGCAUAUUUAAUUUUGAUGUUUUCGUAGGUCUCCUUGACUGUUACAUUAUGCCCAAUUUCACAGACAGGGCUUAGCUUAAGCCAGAAUUAGGCCUUAUAGUUCAAUUAGGACAUUUAUGUAGCAUUUAUAAAAUGUCCACUAGAAAAAAAAAACAUUACUGGUGUGCAUCUUGAGACAAAACAAUGGAACUGACAUAUUUUAAGAUAUGUUAGUGCAAGUUGCUUUCGGUUAAGACAGCUCAAACAUGCAUUUUAGUCUGGGACUUGCUUAAGCCUUGUCUGUGAAACCGGGGGAAAGCCUGUGAAACUAGAUAUACUGAUAACCAAAAUAAGUAACAAACAAUAAAACUAUAUAUCCAAGAAACCAAAAACCAUGAACUUGACUUGAACAAAAUAAUGCAAGCUUUACAAUAAUCUGUCUUGAAAACAUCUGAUAUACAACAAGAAACAGCAAACAUGAGGGGUUAAAAUACACUGAUUAACUUAACAAGACCCAAUGAUGAAACAAGACCCCCAGGAUACUUCAAAAUAAAAUACAAAAUUGUCAUAUCAAAAUAAAAAGACAUGAACAUAAAAACAAGAUAAAGAGCAUGUUGGAAAUGCCAAAAGGCUUAUAUGAAUGUCCGUCUUAACAAGCAGGUAAAUAGCCACCUGUUGUGGUCUUCUCAAAGAAGAGGCAAAUCAAGGUAACGGUUCAGCUGUUCACCGCAUUCAUCCUAGCCAUCAGCACUGCACUAUAUUUACCAGCUUCCUGGGUUACACAAGCCUGCCAAGGGGUGUGCACAAGCCCUCGACCCCUUCCUCUGUCCUCCGGAUAAGCCGAGUUCUCUGUCACUGCCAUAGUAAACACUCAAAAAGCAUGGUGCACGGCCCACCACUGUGGGAACAAACAAGGGGAGGGUCACAUGUGAGACCCCGAGGACAGCAGCCCUCUAGACUAUUCUAGGUAACUGGAAUGUACACAGCGACCUCAUGGCAAACUCCAAACUUGAGACCUCAUGUCUUUCUCCAUGACACUUUUGACUGUCGUCUUUGAGAGAGAAAUUUGGGAGAAAUGUAUUUGCUUUUAUCCCGCUGAACUGUCUGAUUCUCAUUGGAACUUGAGUGUGAAGAACUAACAGCAUGGCUAGUACAUCAACAGAGGUCUUUCCGUUCAAGGACCAAGAGCUCCCUGCUCACCUCCUGUUUCAGUUGAACAUACUGAGACAGGAGCAGAUCUUUACCGAUGUGAUCUUGUGCACCGAAGACAAGGAGAUCCCGUGCCACAGGAACGUCUUGGUUUCCAGCAGCCCAUACUUCCGAGCCAUGUUCUGCAGCAGCUUUCGGGAGAGUAGCCAGGCUAGAGUGGACCUGAAAGGGAUCACAUCGGAAGUCAUUGAAUGUGUCGUGGAUUACAUCUAUACUGGUACCAUCACCAUCACCAUGGAGCUUGUGCUGCCCCUGAUGCAGGCGGCCUCCAUGCUGCAGUACGGGAGGCUCUUUGAGGCCUGCUCCACCUUCCUACAGGAACAGCUCAAUCCGGAAAACUGCCUGAGCAUGAUCCGGCUCUCAGAGAUCCUUCACUGUGAAAGCCUCAAGGAGAGAGCCAAAGAGAUGGCCGUGCGGUGUUUCUCGGAUGUAGCUGCUUCUGAGGACUUCUGCGAACUUUCCCUUCCCGAGCUAAUGUGCUACCUGGAGGACGACCGACUGUGCGCGGAGGAGGAGCAGGUUUUUGAGACGUUACUUGCUUGGAUCCACCAUGACCCCUUCUCCCGUCGAGGAGCCAUUCACGACCUCUUCAAGAAGGUCCGGUUGCGGUACAUCCAUCCGACGUACCUCUUCCAGUUUAUCGCCAAUGAUCCGCUCGUCCAGUCAUCUACGCUGUGCACGGAGAUCAUCGAGUCUGUGCGACGUCUGAUGUUUUCCGUAAGCGCCAAAUGCACUCGAGAGCUGAAGCCUCUCUGGACCACACCGCGUCGCUACACGUGCCGGGAGACUCUGGUGGUGGUUGGAGGCCGCAAAAACAACGAACAGACAUCUCGGGAGGCACUUCUCUACGACGAAAGGACACAGCGUUGGCAGUGGCUCGCUAAACUACCUUUGCGGCUCUACAAGGCGGCGUAUGUCUGUAUUCACAGCAUUCUGUAUGUGGUGGGUGGCCUCAGUCUUAGUCUGGUAUCUGGAGACAGUGCGGUUAGUGCCACAGUGUACACUCUCUCAUUGAAGACAAACCAGUGGAGGACCGCCGAACCCAUGCUGGUGCCACGGUACGCCCAUCAAUGCGUCUCCUACCUUCACUUUAUCUUUGCUCUUGGUGGAAUAGGGCCGAAUAAGCAGAUCUCAAAUAUGGUAGAGCGCUACAACAGCAUGUUCAAUCAAUGGGAGGCCAUGGCACCUAUGCCCACAGCAGUCUUGCACCCUGCAGUGGCGGCCAACGACCAGAGGAUUUAUGUGUUUGGAGGCGAGGAUGCCUUGCAGAACCCAGUGAGACUAAUACAGGUUUAUCACAUCUCCCGCAACUUGUGGUCUAGACUGGAAACGAGGACAGUGAAGAACGUCUGCGCACCUGCUGCUGUGAUAGAAGACAAGAUUUAUAUUGUUGGAGGAUACACAAGAAGAGUGAUUGCCUACGACACCAAAGCUAAUAAGUUUGUGAAGUGUGCGAACAUGAAGGAGAGAAGGAUGCACCAUGCAGCCACAGUCAUCAAUAACAAACUCUACGUGACCGGAGGACGCUUCCUCAACACUCAUGAUGUCAUCGAGGACUCCGACUGCUUUGAGUGCUAUGACCCUAAAACAGACGUGUGGACUUCUAAAGGAUCUUUACCGUACAAGCUGUUUGAUCACGGUUCACUAUCGCUGAUCUGCGUCUCCAACCGCCCCAACCCACCAUGAUUGCUUAGAGGGUGCAACAUCUCUGCUUGGGCGUCCAGUUCGCUCCCCUGCUCAUUAAGGGAAAUGAAAAUAUGGGGCCACAGCUGAGACUGGAAACCAUCUGAGGAAGGAUGCAUUCGUUUGUGGAUUGAGUAGAUCUCAGCUGUGGCUUUGAUGGUAUGCUGCUGGUGCUCGCCAGCAUCUGUGCCGUCUUAAAUCAAAAGAGAUUUGAGCUGGCAAUUGCAAGUGUCACAGUGGACCUCAGGGAGUGAGCCCAGGACCUCAGAGCAAAACGGCAGACUUAUGCAAUGCACAGCUGUCCCUGCAGAACUGUGACCCAAAAAAUCUUCAGACAGAUGUUUCUCAUCAGAACAGCUUGGGCAGCCAAAUUUUAGUCAAUAGUGCCUUGUUAGCCUGAAUUUAAUUGGAAUGCAGGAGAUGUGAUGAUCUUUUUAGCUAGUGUAAAAUCUACAAGCAUAAGGACAUGCCUGUGAUGAAGUAAUUGGUGAAGUGAAGAGAACAUUCCCUCAGAGCUAUGGUGUGUGGUCAGUUCUAUGUAAUUAACAAAGGCCAAAAACAAACCUAAUGGAUCAUGAAAUGCUUGAUGUACCAUGUACGCUAAAAGUAUGUGGACACCUGCUUGUAAUUAACAGAGUUUACUGUUUCUGCUACACACAUUAUUAAUAGAAGCAUAAAAUCAAGUAUACAGCCAUGCAAUCUGCUAAGAUGAACAUUUUCAGCAUGGGGCCUGUUUCUUUUCCAGCAGGAUAAUGUGACAGUGACAGCACCUUACCUGUUGUAAUGAAUCAACUAAAUUAAAAAAUAUGAUGUCAUUUUAAUUAA